AUGGAAAAGGUAAAAGAAGAAAAAAGCCCUUUAGAUCUAUCUAGCGAUCAAAGCUACAGUGAUAAAUCAGAAAACACCAAAGAGACUUAUGUGUCUCCACACAUACUAUCGCCAACUUUAAAUAAAUCAGUUGAAGAAUUUUUUAAACAAUCAGGAGAAAUCCAAAGCGAAAUAAGGAAGCUUACAGGCCUUUUUCACCAGAUUUCUCCUAAAAGAAAAGAAGAAGCAUCUUCUAAGGGAUAAAACUGUUCUCAGAAUCAUAAAAUUAAUUACAUUUUUUGGUAAUUUUUUAUUUUCCAUAAAAAUUACAAAAGUGAGUACCUAACUAAAAUAUAGAGAAAUAUUUAACUCCUAUUCCUUUAUGAGUGGUGAAACAUUUUUCCCCACCCAAUAGAGAGUUAAUUUUUGUUUGCAUAAAGAUUAUAUGCAUGAGAAAAAUUGUUACUGGUCGAUCCAAUCAAUAUCUAUUUUUCUAAAAAUGAGGAAUUUUGAAGGGAAAAAUUAUGGCGCUUGAUAGCAAUCAGGAAUAUUUCUGUGUGCAUAAUUUUUUAUGCGAGAAAAUAACUUCUCAAACUUAAAAAAUUUGAAAAAAAAUCGUAAAGAUGCCUAGAAUUGACUAAAAUCUCAUUAUAAUAAUUUACAUAACAAAAUACUUCAUAAAAAUUAUACUAGCCUAAAGAAAUAUUAAUUUUACAAAAAACAAGAUUUUUCCGUGAAUUUGUCACUUAUCAGAAGUAAGAGAAUGCAUGAACCGAUCUUCUAAAAUAGCAUUUUCUAAUGCUGGAAAAGAAUGGUCACGUGAAGAAAAUGAGAUAUCACCUAAUAUAAGUGUGCCGAAUGAAGAAUUCCAUGAGGAGGAAGAAAGAGAAAUUGAAGAUCAGCAGGAUUACUGAAAAGACAUCAAUGAAUUGCUAGAAAAAUAUGGGUUUAAUCCUGUUAUUUUAUAUCAAGAAAUUGAUAAUGAAGUACCAGAUUGAAAUUCACUUUCUGAUGCCCUUGUAGACGUAUUAACAGGCUAUGCUCACCAAGUAACCAGUCUAGGAGAAGCAGAAAAUAAUAUAUACAAAUUGACAAGAGAAAACAAAGAAUUAAAAACUCAAUUAGAAAGCAACGAAGAAGAGCUAAAUAAAUGAAAAGAACAGGGAAAAGAAUACAAUAACGCAAUCAAAAGGAAUGCCGAGCUUGAAGAUUAUAAUAGAAUGCUCAAAAAUAGACUUGAAAAAACCAAUGAAAUCAGUGACUUAGAAAAAGAAAACAAAGAGCUAAAAAUAGAGAUGGAAAGAAAAGAUGAAGAGUUAAAAAGAUUAAAAGAAAAACUUAAAGAGUACGAAAACACGACCAAAAGAAAUGUAGAACUUGAAGAAUAUAACAGAACUCUCAAAAAGAAGCUAAAAAAGGCCAAUGAAGUUGGCAAUGACAAGGAUAUAGCGAUUCUUAAUAUAAAGAGGAUGCUAAACACAGACAAAGUAAAACUCUUUGAAGAAACACAAAAGGAAGUAAAAAUGCUGGCUCCCCCUUCCCUAAGCGAACAAAACCAUUGGGAAAAUCCCUAUUUUUGCCCAAAAACCCACCCUCCAUGAAUGAACAAAAAAUUUUUUAUUAUAGUUAGUGACACUGACUAUAAAAAAAAAUUUGAUAUAUAAGUGAUAAUUAGUAUAAUGGAAUCUGUUGCAAAUCUUGUUUAAUUUUAAAAAAAAUUGCAUAUUAAAACGUAAAUUUUACAAAUUAAAUAAAUAUUUGCUUUCCAAUUUCUGCUAAUUUUAUAUAUAAAUUUUUAAAAAAAUUAAUCCCCUUCAUUAGCGAACAAAAUUUUUUUGUUCGCUCAUGGAGGUUGGGAGUGAGAGAAAGAGUGAAAUGUUUAGAAGAACAAGCGAAUUCUGAAUAUAAUGAAAAAGUUAAAGUUUUGAAUUUAAUAAUGAAUGCGCUUUCAUUGAAUUCUUUUAGCGAAAUUCCAUCAUCAAUCUUCAAAAUGCAGCAAGUUGUUUUGUCACUUCCGAGGAUAGAAGAACUGAUAGAAUCUAUAUUAAAUGAGUUAUUUCCUGAUGAAUAUAAGGUAGGAGAAGAAAUUUACGCAAAUGUGCUACCGGCAAUAAAACAUUUGAAGCAAAGAACUUUUGAAUUGACUGAGUUUAAAAAGAAAAUUUUAGAAAUUUUUAGAAGCAGUGAUGAUAUUGAUCUUUUUGAAAAGGCAAAUGCAUUGAGACAUUUUUGUAAAUUAUUUUCAAUAAAGCAAACAGAUCAAAUUACAGGGACGAUUGAUAAUGUUUUUGUGUUCGUACAUGAGAUGAAGAGAUUUUUAUCCGUAAUUGUAAUUUAGUUUGCAAGGCAAGCAUUAGGUAUGCCAAAUGACCAACCUAUUAGCUCUGUAUUAGAAGAAGUCACAAGAUACUUAGAAAAUAGCUAA